AUAUAUACUCUCUUUCUAGUAAUAAUUAGCAUCAAUUUGGUGAGUUUUUCUUGCAAUGACACCGUUAACAAGUCCAUUUUCGUCCAACUAUCUAAAUGAUUAACCAAAAACUAUAAUGAUGGUACUUGAAACCUGAUAUCAUGAUUAUCAUUUUUCUUAUACAACAGAAUUAGCUAAAGAUAUGGAAGCAUUGGGCCACGUUUAAUCCAAAUUAUCCCUGCACUUAAUAGCUCUCCAAAGUAAGAUUAAUAAUUUAAUAUCAUAUUUUAUAUUCUUUUAAUUCUUGAUUGCACAGAGCACACUGAAGCUGAUAACACCAGCAUCUUCCUUUGCUUCCGUUUCCAUUUUUGUAAUUCCAUUUCUGUACUCUCUACCAGUAAAAGUGGAAGCCCUCUCUCUCUCUCAUAUAUCGAAGCAAAUAUAUUGAAAUUAACAAGCAUGGGAAGGUUGAAAUCCAGAUUACCACCAUUUUCCUCCAUUUUCUUGCUGUUUCUCACUCUUUCAGCCGUUGUCCAACCCAUCCAUUUGGUAAAUGCAACUGAGCAACAACCCAUCAAGACCAUUGUUGUGUUGGUUCUGGAGAACAGAUCUUUUGAUCACAUGAUUGGGUGGAUGAAAAAAUCCAUCAACCCAUCAAUCAAUGGUGUCACCGGAAAAGAAUGUAACCCAGUUUCAACCAAGGCCCAAAGCACAGAAAUGACAGAAUCGAUCUGCUUCACAGAUGAUGCUGAGUACGUGGAUCCGGAUCCGGGUCAUUCAUUCGAAGCUGUGGAACAACAGGUAUUUGGCUCUUCUACACUUCCUUCAAUGUCUGGGUUUGUGGAACAAGCACUGUCCAUGUCACAAAACCUCUCAGAAACUGUCAUGAAAGGGUUUAAGCCUGAAAAUGUUCCGGUUUUCGCGACAUUGGUUCGCGAAUUCGCAGUUUUUGACCGGUGGUUCUCUUCAAUUCCUGGCCCAACGCAACCCAACAGACUGUUUGUGUACUCAGCAACUUCUCAUGGAUCAACAAGCCAUGUCAAGAAGCAAUUAGCUAAAGGGUACCCACAACACACCAUAUUUGAUUCACUACAUGAGAACAAAUUAGACUUUGGUAUUUACUUUCAGAACAUACCCACAACUCUGUUCUAUAGAAAUUUGAGGAAAUUGAAGUAUAUAUUUAAGUUUCAUCAGUAUAAUUUGAAGUUCAAGAAAGAUGCUAGAAAUGGGAAGUUGCCUAGCUUAACGGUGAUCGAGCCGAGCUACUUUGAUCUAAAGGGACUGCCUGCAAAUGAUGACCAUCCAUCCCAUGAUGUUGCUAAUGGGCAGAAGCUAGUGAAGGAGGUUUAUGAGACAUUGAGAUCAAGUCCUCAAUGGAAUGAGACCCUUUUGGUGAUUACUUAUGAUGAACAUGGUGGAUUCUACGACCAUGUCAAGACUCCAUAUGAAAAUGUCCCCAACCCGGAUGGGAACACUGGGCCUGCUCCCUCUUUCUUCAAGUUUGAUCGGCUCGGGGUUCGUGUGCCCACAAUUAUGGUCUCUCCUUGGAUCAAGAAAGGAAAAGUGAUAAGCCGCCCCACAGGUCCUACUCCAAACUCUGAGUUCGAGCACUCUUCAAUACCUGCUACAAUAAAGAAAAUGUUCAACCUCUCGUCUAACUUCUUGACUCACAGAGAUGCUUGGGCUGGCACAUUCGAGCAGGUUGUUGGGGAGCUAACCUCUCCCAGAACUGAUUGCCCAGAGGUCCUGCCAGAUGUGGCUCCUUUGAGAAUGACAGAAGUGGAUGAGAAUAGGGGGUUGUCUGAGUUUCAGAGUGAGGUAGUCCAAUUGGCUGCUGUUCUUAAUGGUGACCACUUUUUGAGUAGCUUCCCAGAUGAGAUGAGUAAGAAAAUGAGUGUGAAGGAAGCUCAUGAGUACGUGGGGGGUGCCGUGUCAAGGUUCAUCAGAGCAAGCAAAGAGGCCAUCAACUUGGGUGCAGAUGAAUCUGCCAUUGUAGACAUGAGCGAUCACUACAAUUUCGGCUCACUCUAUUAUAAAAUUUUAGCCAAGUUGAAUGGAGGUUGCGCAACCCAAACCACAAGCAAGGACUGAGGAUAAUUUUGAGCAGAGAAUUGUGAAGUAUUGGAGGAUUCUAAAUUAUUGUUGUAAUAUGUACGGUAUAUAACA